AUGAGGCCGAAAAAAAAGGUAUCGCGGAAUUAUGGAAAGGUACGUGCAGUACGUACCGCACCUUUCAGUGUUGUGGCUAAAAUUGUUAAGGCAGGGCAGGCGGCCCUUGCGCAGGUUGCGACCCCUGCGUCUCCAAGCUCGACGUCUCUCUCCCACUUGGUAACCUUGCAUCUUCCUACGCUUCUCUCCGCAUCACCGCAUCUGGCGCCGUCGAUAAGAAUUUGUUACUCUGAAGCUAAGGCGCGAAGCAGCAUAGGCCGGUCCGGUUACCUGAAGAAUCCCACGAGGAGAUCGUCCCGCCCGAGACUUGCCAAUCACCAAACCCUUCCGUCGGCCCUCCGAAUCCGUCUGCAGAGCACCGCAAUCUCUCCAAGUCUUGCUCUGCGUUCAUUAUGUGUGUGUGUGUGCGUUCGCGUCGUCCUCCAACCCGCCCGUCCUAUCAUUGUCAUUCUCGGCGGGCAGAAGAAAAUCCUGCACCGCCUCACCUUUCCAACCAAGAGGAUGCGAACAAUGGCGAAAGAAUUUCCGAUCUUUGCUCCGCUAAUCUACUCGUCCUUUGACAAUGACUCUGGCAUCCCCGCAAACACGGCCGGAUUUGGGAGUCUGCUACGGGGGCGAAGGGGGUCAAAUUGUCGAUUCCUUUGUUUGCUCCUGUCGACAUUAGCAAAGACAAACAAGAUUCUGAUCGGCCUAAACCCUCCACAACACGGACACGAGCAGGAUUGGCUGCGAGACCUUACCAACGGAGGAAACUAA